CAUCCCAUUUAUGCCGGUGGCUGUAAGUGCUGCUGAACACAGAGAGACACACAGUUGAAUGAGACAUAGAGCAGGAGGCCUCAUGUGUUUUACUUACUUCUUGUGAUCUGUUAAAAGUAACAGCACAACAACAGCACUCAGAAACUUCUUGUUCUCACCUCCAGGACCGUGCUUCACAUCUUAAGAGUGUGAUUUUUUUACUCAUCACCUGUUGAAGACACAGAGAAUGUUGCUCAGGUUGAUUUUUUGCAGCAAAAGCCUCUCCUGAAUGUGUUCAACAGCCAACUAUGUUCUCCCUCUGAGGAGAACCUGUGAGGCAGCAGCUACGCCAGGCAGGCUGUGUGGAGGAGUGUCCAUGCAAACUAAUUUCCCUGGAGUCAGGUCUCAUGGAGCUCCUCAGGACACGGAGAUGGAUGUGGCCUGGCAGGAGCUGAUGGCCAUCACAGAGUUGCAGGAGUUUGAAGUCCCCAGUGAAGGUUCCUAUGAAACAUCACAGUACCAAACCAUGGAGCCGAUGGCCCCUGUGGGAGAGUAUGGGAUAUCUCAGCCCCAUCCCGAGCCUCCUCCUCCUCCUCCUGCUUGCGAGAUGAGCACCGCCGCUGACAACUAUGAUGGAUGUUAUUCUGAAGAGGUGCCAACCUGUCAUCGUCUAGGCAGCAACACAGAAGCAAUGUAUGGAAACUCUGAAUCUCAGCUGAGUCAAAGAAUGCUCCCCAUCUCUCACGCUCAGCCCUCUCUCAUGGCGCUUAGGGAACCAAUGAACAUGUCAGGUACCAGCCAAGGGCACAGGAGAGCCAACGCCUGCCUCUCUCAGGGUUUAAGUCGGCACAUGCUCUGGACUACACAUGGACAAAGCGCACGCGCUCGCUCAGCUGAUGAUAUGGAAUCGGACUCUGGUCUGUCUCUGGGUUCUAGUCCACCUCUGGCCUCCCCAGAUAAUCCUGCAGGUGGUGCACCAGGCUACCAGAGCGUAGACAUAGGCAUGACGUACAGCGAUGGCGAACAUGACAGCAUGAACGAGCAUGCCAGAAGAGCACACAUCCAUUACUCUAUGGACUACCAGAGUCAAUCUCACUCAUAUUUACACUCAGGUGCACAACCAUCUUAUUUUUCACCACAACCCAAUUUAUGUCAUGCACAACAAAGUAGUCUGACUCUUCGGUCAGUGAAACAGCAGGGUCCUGCUGCAGUUUUGAGUGACCUGUACAAUGAUUCUGCAAUGUCCAGCAGAGGGAGCUCACAGCACAACAUGUACACAAAACCACAAGGGAGCAUCUCCACUCCUGCGCCGCUGAGCAGGGAUGAACGGCGGGCCAUGGCUCUGAAGAUCCCCUUCCCCAUGGAAAAGAUUAUCAAUCUACCUGUGGAUGACUUCAAUGAGCUUCUGACACAGUAUACUCUGACAGAUACUCAACUAGCGCUGGUCAGAGACAUUCGACGGAGGGGGAAGAACAAGGUGGCAGCUCAGAAUUGCAGGAAGAGGAAGCUGGAAAGCAUAAUUCACCUUGAAAGAGAACUGAACCAGCUGCAGGCCCAAAGAGAGCACCUGGCACAGGAGAGGCUCGAGUUCCAGCGGAGCCUAGCGUUCAUUAAAUGUCGCCUCACAGACCUCUAUGCAGAAGUGUUUUCUCACUUAAGAGAUGAAGAUGGACAACCAUACUCAAUAGAUGAAUAUUCCCUACAACAGACACCUGAUGGUAAAAUAUACUUGGUACCUCACAAUGCAAAAGAAAGAGCAAUGCUUAAGAAUUGGGAGUAGUGUCAUUAUUUAUACUUCCUAACAUAUACUACCUGACUGUGCCAACUGAAAGUACUUUAACCAGCUGGAAGUCACAUGCUUAGUUCAUGUGGUUAUGACCUACCCCUUAUGUUAAACUUGUCAUUCAUGUAUUAAAGGACACUUUCAUAGCCUUUCAAUUGACUGAAACCACAGCAGAAUGUUUUGUAAAAAAAAUACUUUAUUAAAAAAAGGUUUUAAAAAAAUAAAAUUCACUGCACAGCAGUCUUCCAUUGAGUUAAAAAAAAAAUCUUCAGCACCAGCAUUGUUCAGCUAACCUGUCCAAAAAGGAAAAAGAAUAAGGUUAAAUAAAGACCAACUGAAAUUGUGAUAAAUGUGCAAAGUUUUGAUUUGUACCUGACUGAGCCAUUGUCACUGAAAUGAAGUCAGAUUUUAGGGGCAAUGUGCCUAGAAAGCAGAAACACAAGAGUGAGUAAAAACAGUCUUUCCCAAAUAAAUAAAGGUGUUGAUUUUUGUUCACAGCAUGCAAUAUGUUGGACCUCUAUGCACAAUUAGAGAGGCCAAUUUUACCAGUCAACAUUGGUGCAAGUCAUAAAACUUGUUUACGGUUACGUCAUUACUGGGCUACACAGCUCGCUACCAGCUACAUGACAAAAGCAACAUAUACUAUCAGUAGUUGAGAAGUCUGGUCUUACCUACAGACAGCAUUUAAGCCUUUUGGCAGAUGCUAGCCUCAGGCCUCUUUUCUCACUCUCCCCUGCUUCAAUGAUCCUGGCGAUGGUUUUGCUACUUCUCUCCCUCAGCUUGCUUCCAUGGCUAGCCUUAAAGACUUUGCAUGUAAGCUAGCAUCCUCCAGAUGAUCUUUGCAGAAAUCAGGGUAGAGUCUGUACCAAGUGAUGGGCUCUUUACGAUGAUACCCUUUGCACACCUCUUUUUAUUCCUCAACCAGUAUUGUACAUGUACCGAUUUGAGUCGUGUAUUAUGUAGUGACUAGUGCAGGACUGCUCACAUCACAAAAAAGUGUUUUUUCAGACUCCUCACAUGACAUAAAAUUAUGUCCCUGAACCCCACCUUGUGCAGUAGCUAACAGUGAACCCUCCCUUUCCCAAACCACUGAAGAGGCUAACGAGACUUUUAAAAAAAAAAAACUGAAAGAUGGUUUAUUUCAGCUUGAUUUGAUGCAGUUACAAAGAAAACCAUACUUAAAAGAGCUACAUGAAACCUCAAUGGAAUGCUUGAUUUCCAGAAACACAGUUUGAUUUAAAAAAAAAAAAAAAAAAAAAAAAGACAACACAAAAAUGUUUAAAUGAAGGCCCUCCAUGAUUUAUCUACUGUA